UAUGUCUGGCCGCGGUAAAGGCGGGAAGGGCCUGGGCAAGGGCGGCGCCAAGCGCCACCGCAAGGUGCUGCGCGACAACAUCCAGGGCAUCACCAAGCCCGCCAUCCGGCGGCUGGCCCGGCGCGGCGGCGUCAAGCGCAUCUCCGGCCUCAUCUACGAGGAGACCCGCGGGGUGCUCAAGGUGUUCCUGGAGAACGUGAUCCGGGACGCCGUC